AUGGACAAAGCGAGAGCUGACAGAGUUAUCCAGUUUACCUUUGCUGGUUCUCCCCUGAGGGCUCGGGCCGAGCGCGUCGACCGUGUCCACGACAAUGUCCAAUAUAUAACCCUUAUCCGCUCCAAGUUCAUGAAAUGGAUCGCCGCAAGCCUGAGUCACCUGCCGGGCUUUCUUCUUAGGCCCUUGCAGCAGCUGCUGCCGCCUCAAUUUUAUCUUCCUGGACGUCUUGUUCUCAAGUCUCGUAAGCCUGACUGGGACGAUGAAUUUGCUAAUGAAAGGGUCAUGUAUAAGAGGCUAGCGCCGCUGCAGGGCCGCAUUAUGCCGUACUUUUUAGGGGACGCAGUAUUCGAUGAUAUACCCUCGAUCGUGCUUUCGCGUCUAGAAGGUAUGCCCUCAUACAAGCAGGGUCCUACGGCACUGCCGGCGGAAGAUUUUGAGCGGCAGCUCGAGGUUAUUCUUCGAGCCUUUACUAGAUUUGGAGUUAUCUAUGAUGACCCAAAACUCGAUAAUUUUCUGGUGGUUGAGGGAAAGGUUAUGGUAGUUGAUCUGGAGAGUGUAUGUGAGGAGAAUGAGCAGGACCAGGAACUUGCUGUUCGGUCCCACCGCCUACAUAUUAUGCCAAAGUAUAGAAGAUACUUAGAUGACCUAUCUAAUCCUUACAGCGUGUAUUAA